AUGUCUAUAAUAAUAUCUCACUUAAUUGGUAAUAUAACUUGGAGAUGUCAUAAACCUCAAUCGAUUCGAAAAGAAAUAAGUUUUAGAGCAAAAAAGGCAUUGAAAACGGAAGCUUUGCAGACAAUACCCGCUGAAGAAUAUCCCGAUAUAAACUCGGUUAUUGUUAAUAAAAUGUCGAAGAUUUCAAGAAAUCUCUAUAAGGGUCAAUCCAUAGCGGUUUUCACAAGCGGUGGCGAUGCCUGUGGAAUGAAUGGCGCAGUGCGCGCAUGCGUACGAAUGGCCGUCUAUUUGGGCUGUCAGGCUUUCAUGAUACGUGAGGGCUAUCAAGGUAUGGUGCAGGGUGGCGAUCAAUUCGUUAAAGCAACAUGGGCGUCGGUAUCGUCAAUUAUACAUGUGGGUGGCACGAUAAUCGGUUCGGCACGCUGUAAAGAAUUUAUGGAGCGUGAAGGACGCAAGAAAGCCGCUUAUAAUUUGGUGCAAAGAGAAAUAAACCGUUUGAUUGUAAUCGGCGGUGAUGGUUCACUAACCGGCGCGAAUAUAUUUCGCUUAGAAUGGACUGGUUUACUAGACGACUUGGUUGCUUCGGGUAAAAUAACACCACAACAGAGAGAAAAAUGUAAAGAUUUGCAUAUUGUGGGCGUGGUUGGAUCCAUCGAUAAUGAUUUCUGUGGCACGGAUCUUACUAUUGGCACAGACUCUGCACUGCAUCGCAUUACAGAGGCUAUCGAUUCAAUUGCGAGCACAGCCUACUCGCAUCGGCGGAUUUUUAUAAUGGAAGUAAUGGGACGUCACUGCGGUUAUUUAGCAAUGGUCUCUGGCAUAAUAUCGGAAGCAGAUUAUGUGUUUUGUCCCGAGGCACCGCCGCCAUUGGAUUGGCAUGAACGUUUAUGUUCCAAGCUUCAGAAGGAGCGGGAAUGUGGUCAACGUCUCAAUAUCAUUAUCGUUGCCGAGGGUGCGAAUGAUCUAAAUGGCGAACCGAUUACAGCGCAGAUGGUGAAGCAAGUGAUUUUUGACAGAUUGGGUUGGGAUAGUCGAAUCACGGUACUGGGUCAUGUGCAGCGAGGUGGCGCAACGAGCGCCUACGAUCGUAUUUUAGCUUGCCGCAUGGGCGCCGAAGCAACCGUCGCGGUAUUGGAAUCCACCGCAACCACAACGCCGGUUGUUAUUGUUUUGGUUAACAAUCGAAUUGAGCGGAUUCCUCUCAUGGGAGCGGUGGAGCGAACACAAGCAGUGAAUAAAGCUCUGCAAGAUAAGGAUUGGGCGAAAGCGAUAGCUUUACGUGGCGUAGCGUUUCAAGCGAAUCUGCAAGCUUUGAAACUAUUGUCGCAAACCAAAACGCCAAAGAAGGUUGAAGGCCAUGGCACCAACGACGCUUUCAAUGUUGCCGUCAUGCACGUCGGUUCGCCAGCUUGUGGCAUCAAUGCUGCCACACGAAGUUUGGUACGUACCAUUAUUUAUAACGGUGACUCGGUGUAUGGCAUUAGGAACGGUGUGCUGGGACUUGCAGCUGGUGAAUUGAAACCAUUGACUUGGAGCGAUGUCAUCGGGUGGUGUGGUCAAGGUGGCGCUUUUCUUGGCAUGAAUCGUAUCACUCCGGAGGAUAGAUUUCCAGAAAUCGCACACCAAUUGCGCGAAUUUAAGAUACAUGCAUUAGUGGUGAUCGGUGGUUUCGAAGCUUAUCGCACCGUCUUAGCUUUGACUUUGGAGCGACCAAAAUUCAUGGAAUUCUGUAUUCCAAUGGCUGUAAUACCAUCGACAAUUUCCAACAAUAUACCCGGUACCGAGUACAGCAUCGGCGCUGAUACUAGCUUGAAUGAGAUCACGAAAAUCUGCGACUUGAUACGCGAUUCGGCGCGGGGCUACAAGAAACGCGUCUUCAUUAUCGAGACAAUGGGCGGGCAUUGCGGUUACUUACCUACCAUGGCAGCUAUGGCCGGUGGCGCUGAUUCGGCAUAUAUCUAUGAGGAAAAAUUCAGUGUCCAUGAUAUACAACGCGACUGUUAUAAUAUGAUAGCGAAAAUGAAUGGCGGCAUUGAUCGUGGACUAGUGUUGCGUAGUGAAGGUGCGAAUAAAAAUUAUACCUCAAACUUCCUCGAACGUCUUUAUGAAGAGGAGUCCAACGGUCUGUUUACUUGUCGCACCAAUAUCUUAGGUCAUGUGCAACAGGGUGGCAGACCUACACCAUUCGAUCGUUGCUUGGCUACGGAGAUGGGCAUCGCUUGUGCUCAAUUUGUACGUGAACAAAUAAAAAAAGCAGUGCAGCCAGAUGGUACGGUUUUGGCUACAACUAAGCACUCUUCAUGCAUGCUAGGCCUGAUGGGUCCGGAGUAUAAACUAACGCCCAUGGAGGAUCUAUCCCAUCAAACGGAGUUUCACCUUCGCAUACCGAAGAUACAGUGGUGGCUACAACUACGCCCAUUAUUAAGAAUUCUGUCGAUACACGAUUCGGCCUACGCCGACAAUUUUUCAGCUGUAACAUCUUCACUUCAACAACCUGUGGAUAUCAAUUGUACUGUUAAUUAA